GCAGAAUCGAAGGAAUGGCUAAAAUACGUUUCUACGAACGAGGAUUUUUCUGCGAUGUCUGUCAUUUCACCGCACCGCAAUCUUGAACUGAUGCAAGCGGAGGAAAAUUCACGGAAUUGGCAUGGGUUUAUCGUCAAUUUCGACUGUGAGCAAAAUCAACGACUUCUUCAACACAUUCCCGCAAACCUUUUCAGAAGCUCAACAUACAAAUGGCUCAUUUGGAGUCUCGGUGAUGAUCUGGUCGAUGAAAUCGGCCGUUUUGGUCUGAACUUAACUUUUGAGAGUGACGUAAAGCUAAUUCUAGCCAAUAACGGAACUUCCUUGAUCCAUGAUGUUUUCAAGUUCGACCCUUCUUGGCCACUCAAUGCCACUAUUUUCGGUUGGUGGAACGAAGCGUCUGGCUUAGUGGUGCGAAACGAUCAGCCUAAAUCAGAAAACCGGAAGAAUAUGCACGGAUUGGUUAUUUCUGCUGGUUUGGCGUUACCUGAAUUGGGCACAGUAAGCGAGGAAGUAUACAGAAACCAUCAUUUUCUUCAGAGUAAAGACUACUAUGGAAGGCGGGACUAUGAUCUGUGGUCGCUGAUUGCGGAAAUGCAUAAUAUAACAUCCUCGAUAUACGUGACGGACAAUUAUGGCAACGUGAAGUCACCAACAGUGAUCCAAUACGACGGCUUUAUUGGGAAACUGCAGAGGAGAGAACUCGACGUAGGAUUCAGCGUCAUCCGCAACAUGGAGCGCAUGAGGGCCGUCGAUUAUUCCCGCGCGGACGUCACCCUCCCACCCGUCCAAUCUAUUAACCGGGCAGCUUUUGUCUUUUUCGAACCGGUGACUUUGAAUCGUUGGAGAGCCCUGUAUGACUCAUUUUCAACCACAACGUGGAUUGUUGUCAGUUCGAUUUCCAUUGUGUCGGCUUGUUUCUUCAGCUUUGGACUUAACUUCGAGCGAAAUUUUCGGCCGAGUGUCUACAAGUAUGUCCUCUUCAUUGUAGGUGCCAUUUCACAGCAAGGUCUGGAGAUGGAGCCGAACAAAAGCCCGGGGCGAAUCGUGGCGUUGACGUUCAUGAUGUUCAGCUUCCUCGUCUACAACUAUUACAACACGGCGCUCAUCAUCUCCCUUCUCUCCCCACCCCCGUUCCGCAUCAACAGCCUCCGGGACCUCAUCGACAGCGACUUGGAGCUCCUCUCCGAGGACAUUCCCUACAACAAAGCUUUUUUCAGAUCGUACAAUGUCUCCAUACUGAAUGAGGCGUACGACAAGAAAAUGAAGGACAAGGAUGCUUUUGUCUCCCUGGAAGACGGAUUGACCAAAGUGCGGAACGGUUCAUCAGCGUUCGAGGCCGACAUCAGGCACCUUUUUCUGGAGAUGGAGACAACAUUCACGGACAGCGAAAAGUGCAAAAUCCGGGUUCUCGAUUUGUUCCCGUUCAAAGUCUCACGAGCUUUCGUCGUGCAAAAAGACUCUUACUACAACGAGUUUAUCUCUUCAGGGUUUCUUCUGUUACUAGAGCGGGGGUUGACCGGUCACGUGGAAUCAGUUUGGGACGUUCAAAAACCAGUGUGUUUUGCGAGAGAGUACGCGGCAGCAGAACUUGACGAGCUUUUAUUCGCGUUUUUCAUCCUUGCUUUAGGUUAUGUCUUUUCAGGGCUGGCAUUUGUAAUUGAGGUCAUUGCCCACGGAAAAGCUCCGAGCAAAAGGAGUCAUGACAAACGCCAACAAGAACCAUGGAAAAAGCUGAGUCAGCCCUUCCAUUGGAGUUCUUUCAAUUAUUAAGGAGCCAUGUACUACCGUACCUUAAUCAUAUUUGAUCAAUAAAUGAUUCUCAAAAAAA